AUGGGCAUCCUCACGAAACCGAGCACGUUUCCUAGGAUUGUUAUACGAUGGGUAGUCAGAGGCAUCUACCGAGUCUACUUCCAUCCGCUUAGCCGUUUCCCUGGGCCAAAGUAUUCUGCUUUUACGCGCCUACCGUACCUCGCUGCCAUAGCGAAAGGUGAACUACCGCGACACGUUGCUCAGCUCCACAAACAGUACGGAGAGGUAGUGCGCAUCUCGCCCGACGAACUCAGCUUCACCAACCCAAAAGCCUGGCGCGACAUCUAUGGUUAUGGGUCAAAGGAAGUACCAGGCUCCGCGCCGCCCAAGAACUGGAACCGGCAGGGAAGUUCUCCUAAUGGAGCCAACUCACUUGUCGCAGAGCAAGACAACGCCGAACAUGCACGAAUCCGCAGAAUCUUCUCUCCCGCGUUCUCUGAUCGAGCGCUCGUACAGCAGUCACCGCUAUUUACCAAGUACGCUGAUCAACUCGUCCGCAACUUGAGAGAAAGUGUCCAAGCGAAUGCGGUCGACCUCGUCCGAAUGUACAACUUCACCACUUUCGACGUCAUGGCCGACCUAACAUUUGGCGAACCUCUACAUCUGCUUGAUAACUCAGAAUACAAUUCCUGGAUCCAAGUCAUCUUCAAAGGCAUCAAGCGCGGCACGCUAAUGAGCAUCUUCUUCAACUACUACCCGCUCGCCAAGUUCAUGCUAUUUACAUUGUUAGGUAAACGGAUUGCGACAUUUCGGAGAGAACAUCACAACUACACCGUAGAAAGGGUCACCAAGCGACUUGAAAAGGGACGAGUGUCCGAGGGUGUCGAUCUGUGGGACCUGGUUCUCCAACAAGAAGACAAGGGCAAAGCGGGUCUAACCCGCCCUGUUAUGGAUAUGAACGGCGAGUUGUUCAUGCUAGCUGGGACCGAAACGACAGCGACGUUGCUCAGUGGACUGACCUACUUGCUUCUGGCCCACCCCGAGUCAAUGGCGAAGCUCGUGAAUGAGAUUCGGACGGCAUUCAACUCAUCAGACGACAUUAGUAUGGAAGUCACCGCUGGCUUACCCUAUCUCAAUGCGUGCAUCAAGGAAGCGUUCAGACACUAUCCUCCUGUACCGAUUGGUUUGCCGCACCUCACUCCUGUUGAAGGUUCGACUAUUUGUGGGCAUUAUGUACCUCCGAAUACGAAUGUCGCAGCUUCUCAUCUGGCAAUGUACAAUUCUCCCGACAACUUCAGACUCCCCGAAUCUUUUAUCCCCGAGCGCUGGCUCGGCGACCAACGCUUCGCCUCCGAUGAACGCUCGGCUCUUCAACCGUUCCAUGUAGGGCCAAGGGACUGCCUAGGCAAGAAGUAA